AUGCUGCUUCUAUGGUUCAUCAUUUCAUUCGGAAUUGGGUUGCACUUAUGUUUGGAAAUCUCGUAUCCUUGUAAUGAUAAUGAGUUGGAAGAAAAGUUUGGCUGCGACAGAAUCUGUUCAGCUCGAAGCGAACCUUGUACUAUCAUUGCAAGCGAUGAUUCGAAUAAAUGUUUUUGUGCUUUGGGAUUUUUCAGAGACCACAAUGGAAAGUGUGUGCUUGCCAGCGAUUGUUCUCAAUCUGAUACCACAACCACCACGCAUUAUUUAAUGAAAUGUGGUUUACACCAAACAUAUAAAACAUGUGAGCCCUGUGAGAAAACAUGUGUGGAGCCCAACCCAGUGUGUAAAAGGAUUUGUGUGGAUUCAAACUCUAGCUGUGAGCCAGCUUGUAUGACCGGAUGCUUUUGUGAAGAUGGGUAUUUUAAAGCCCCCGAUGGGCGAUGCGUUCUUCUAGGUGACUGUCCUAAAGCGGAAAUAAUGAGUGUCGCCAACGAGCCCUCAAUCGAAGAGUGUCAGCAAGAUGAGGUGUUUGUAUGGUGUGGGUGGUGUGAAGCGACAUGUUCGCAACCCAGCCCUGACUGUCCACCAGACGUGUGCACGCGAGGGUGCCUCUGUCGUCCACCGCUAUUGCGGCACAGGAGUGGACACUGCGUGGAAAAGAGGGACUGCUUCGGACACACAUGCCAUGAUCGUAACGAAGAGUAUGUUUGUCGGUAUGGCUGCGAACCAAGUUGCGAGCGCCGAGCGUGCUUCCGACAACGUCGCUGUUCCUUGGGAUGUCAUUGCAAAUUUGGACUAUUAAGAGAUAGAGAUGGAAAAUGUGUAACAGCCGAUAAAUGUGAAAUAAAUAUUACUAUGAAUAAUACUACUAAUACUCCGCCUUUCGUAUAA